CGUGCACCUCGCAGGGCGGAGGAAAGGGCUUCCUUGUCAAGAUGGCGGCUCCCUUGACACUACUUUUGAUUGUGGCCGUUACGAUCCGUGCAGCUCUGUACAGAUCCAGUUUAGCGGACCUCAUAUCGGAGAGAGUGGAGGUGGUGUCUCCGCUUACCGCCUGGAAGAGAGUUGUUGAAGGCUUGGCUCUGCUUGACUUGGGAGUCUCACCGUACUCUGGAGAUGUUUUCCAUGAGACUCCUCUCAUCAUUUACUUCUUUCACUUUUUGGUGGACUAUGCAGAGAUAACGUUUAUGUUGGCAGAUGUGAUCACUGCUGUGGCUCUCUACAUGACCGUGAAGGACUACAACAAACAAGUGUUCAGAAAGCAGAAAUAUGCCCUGGAGGCAGACCGCUACCCCCUCGACUGCCUGGAGCUCAUCAGGAGCCCCAAAGAAAUGUACUACAUCCCUCUGAAAGUAGCCAUGUUUUACCUAUUGAACCCGUUCACCAUCCUGUCCUGCGUCGCCAAGUCAACCUGUGGCCUGAACAACGCCGUCCUCGCCCUUUUCAUCCUCUCUACAAUCAAAGGAAAUGUUUUGCUGAGCGCCGUAUUUCUCUCCUUGGCCACCUAUCAGUCCAUCUAUCCUCUCACUCUGUGCGCCGCGGCGCUGCUCUAUUUGAUGCAGCGUCAGUACAUCCCGGUGAACUACCGGCGGGCCAGCUUCUGGUGGUUCAUUGCUCAGUAUGCCUUCAUGUACCUGGGCAGCCUCUUCGUCAUCGUCUGCCUCUCCUUUUUCCUGCUCGGCUCCUGGGACUACCUGCCGUCUGUCUACGGCUUCAUUCUCUCCGUACCAGACCUGACCCCGAACAUCGGCCUCUUCUGGUAUUUCUUCGCCGAGAUGUUUGAACACUUCCGCCUCUUCUUCCUCUGCGUCUUCCAGAUCAACGUCUUCUUCUACACUAUCCCCCUGUCCAUCAAACUCAAAGAGCACCCGGUGUUUCUGAUCUUCAUGCAGUUGGCUGUGAUCUCCAUCUUCAAGUCUUACCCCACUGUGGGAGAUAUCGCUCUCUACCUGGCCUUCCUUCCUGUCUGGAGUCACCUGCACAGAUUCUUGAGGAACAUCUUCCUGGUGUCCUGCGUCCUGCUGACCUGCUCGGCUCUGUUCCCGGUUCUCUGGCAUCUGUGGAUCUACGCCGGGAGCGCCAACUCCAACUUCUACUACGCCAUCACGCUGCUGUUCAACGUGGCACAGAUUCUGCUGGUGUCGGAUUAUUUCUACGCCUUCUUGAGGAGAGAACAUCACCUCACCUACGGAUUGUAUCUGAAGAGAAAAGACGGCUCCGAGGCUACACUAGUUCUUAAAUAAACACACACACACACACACACACACACACACACACACACACACACACACACACACACACACACACACACUUCACCUCAAAGGGAACAAACGCACAGUGAGGAGGAUAAACUUUCAGAGCCACACUAGUCCUCAGACAGGACAUUAACACACAUGCAGUACGUGUGUCUGGUACUACUUCACAUACAAAGAAGUCACAACAUACUACAUGACAGACACAUGCUGACAUGGGAUGUAGAAAUCUUGCUCCUGCCAUGUGAGACAAACAAACAACUAAAUAUCUCUAUUUGUCCUCUGGAGAACUCUUAUUUUGAAGCCUCCCCCUACCCGUGAGGGUGGCUUUUAUUUUGAAGCUUUUUGUCCUGCUGACCGCCACUCCCAGGAUAUUUUAAUUUUGGCGCUGUGUUGUUAUUCUGCAGCUCUGCCUAGACAACUUUUAUUUUGAAGCACGAACUCUCACACAGCUUUCUUUUUUUUUUUUCUGGAAGGAAACGUCACUCUGCUCUGGGGGGGCGGGGGGCUUUUAUUUUGAAGCCUUGUUGGAAAAUGUGGGAAGCUCGCUCUGAUUUGAUAAUUCCUGAUACCCAGCUCUCCCACACACUUUUUCUUUGUGUUUUUCAUGUUUACCUGAAUACAUUUGUGUUCAAACUGGUUUCCUUUUGUGGUGGGAAAAGCUAUCUUUAAGGGUUUGCCUCUCGUUUUCUAACUGCUUUCUUACAGUCCCCCUAUUUUUUACACAGUCUGCUCUUCAAUGAACAAAUUCUGUAUUCUUAGUGUUGCAUCUCAUCUCAAGUGAAAACCAGCCAAGCCAAUGUGAACCUCGUCAUGGUACAUAAACACUUUCUGGGGCCGCGAUAACUUCAGCUCCCUGAACACGGAGAUAUUUGUCCAAAAACGUUGGAAUACUGAUCACUAAACUCCACACAAACCCCAGAGAGCAAGUCUGACAAAGACAACGGUGGAUGGGUUUUAACAACUGAAGUACUGUGUAGUUCAGGAUCUGUAGAGUUAAAGAGGUCCUGCUGUAAUCUCCAUGUAGGUUUCUACAAAAGGAACAGAUUGUGUGCCACUGAAUGGCUCAAGUUUUCAUCAUUUACUCUAUUUCUGCAUGUAUGAUAAAAGUUAUUUAAAGAAGUUACUGUUAAACUUUUUUAAAGGAAUCAUCACCUAAACAUGUACCUGACGCAUCGCCGAACUCAAAACUCUAAUUUAAAGGAAUAGUUCAGAACCUUUUGUAAAAAAAAACAAAAAAACUUUUAUUUGGUUCCUUGCUGAGAGUUAGAUGAUGAGGCUACAGCUGGCAGCUGGCUAUCUUAGCUUAGCAUAAAGACUGGGAACGGAGGAAACGGCUAGCCUGGCUCAGUAUGAAUGUUGUAUCAUGUUUGUUUAAUGCACUUUGUGUUUUGUACAGAUUAAAGAAACAUGAUGUAGCUUGUUAAUCAGUGAGCUUUAGAUGUGUGCUAGGUGGACAGAGUCAGGCUAGCUGUUUCCCCGUUUUCAGUCUUUGUGCUAAGCUAAGCUAAACCGCUGCUGACUCGAGCUUCAUAUUUGCCGUACAGACAUGAGUGGUGUUAAUCUUCUCAUCGAACGCUCCACCAAAAAGCGAAUAAGUGUAUUCCCCAAAUUGUCAAACUUGUUCUUCAAUUUAGGACUUUAAAGGUCCAGUGUGUAACGUGUUUAUUUGUUCAUUAUCAAAAAUCAGUGUUGCCCGUUCACAAACUUGUCCUUUUUCAUGAAUAUUUACCACUACC